UAUUUCACUAAAGUUUUUAUUAAGCUGUGUAUGUAAUGAUGUGAAUAUUUUAUAAUUAGAAGUUUAGAUAGAAAUUAAGAGCUUUGUUGAAUUAGUGUAUGAUUCGGAUACUCAUAAUUACCGUCGGCAUUAAUCAGGUCUAGGAGAGUGGUAUAUUUACAGAUUAUCUGUAAAUUGACAGAUUUUUCAAUAUAUAAAUUUACAGAUCAAAUAUUUGAAAACUGCUAAAAUCAUAUUUAGAAUGAAAUUAAUUUACUUUUGGUAUGCAUAAAUAAAGGUCAGAGUUCGGUAACUUUCAGUCAUUUCUGUUGACUUUGAUUUUUCUGAAAAUGCCAAAAACUCAAAGGCCACUUCGCCUAAUUUUCGCCUCCGGGGUAAUCCAAAUCGCCAAGGUAAUCUGUCUGUUUAAUUUAAGUUGUAAAAUUGGGUGUACACACAGCGUAAUACAAUAGAUGUAAAUUAUUGAUAAAUCCGUGGUUAAUAACUUCGCCUACUCAUCUGUCAAACAUCAACCAAUCAAUAUAUGUAAGCCUCGUCAUUUUGAAAAUUUUCAACUGCCAAUAAUUUUAAGACUUAAACCUUCUUCAACAUGAUCUUAUGCUUCAGUCGUAUGUUAUUUCUUGAUUUUAUUAUAAAUUAUAUCAAAAUAUACCAGGGCCUCCGCUGUCGAUCGCCAAUGUCGCCAUUUGCGAUGAUUUUAAGAAUCUGGCGCUAAAUUUUGCGAACUGGCGAAAAUGAGUGGCGCAUAGUUUUUUUGGGUCGUUUAUGUCUUUUUUCCGUAAUGAUAUAAGCGAGUCAAGAAUUGGUUCUCGAUACACGUGUUUACCUAAAGCGCUGGUUGUGAAAAAAAUCGAUAACCAGUCUAGACGGUGUUUGUCAAUUCGGAUAUUGAUGUUGGUUGACACUUUGAGAAGAUGAUUGCGAUGUAAUGUGUUGAAGAAGGAGUCUGUUACUAAACAUGCGAAAAUUAAAGAACAUGACGAUGCUGCCAGAGCGGGCAAACUGAGAUCUAUUAUGCAAGUGUGCCGAGAAAACUCACUGGCUAAGAGUGAAUUGGCUAUAACAACAGCAAUGAAAAAUGUAUACUUCGCUGCAGAAGAAAACCUUCCAAACUGUAUGGUUCCGAAGCUGAACAAGUUCUUGUUGUAUCAAGGCGUGUCACAGUUGGCAGAUCUGAAAUGUGAUGGUCACACCAAUUAUGAACAUUCAACUUCAAUUGAAGAAUUCCAGAGUUGUAUAGCCGGGGUACUUGAAGACCAGUUAAUCGACAAGAUCAAUUCCAGUGUGAAGUUCAGCCUGAUGUUUGACGAGAGCACCGAUGUGUCUGUCCACCAGAACAUGGUAAUGUACAUUAGGGUUCUUGAGUCUGAUGAGUUUGGUUACACUUCCCCUGGUACUUACUUCUUUGGGAUAGAUAGCUUGUCUAGGGCAAACUCUGAAUCAAUAUAUACUAAGGUCAUGGAUAUGUUGAAGGUCAAAGGUAUAAGUUUGUCUAAUCUCUGUGGUGUGAGCACAGAUGGUGCAGCAGUUAUGAUUGGCCACAAGUCUGGUGUAGUUACAAGGUUAAAGAGAGAGGUACCCGGUGUUUUGGCCACACAUUGCAUUGCCCACAGGUUAGCGUUAAGUUGUUGUACUGGUGCUGAUGCUAUCCCUUACAUGGUCAAAGUGCAAGAGGUCAUCAACAGUGUUUACAAGUAUUUUCACUAUUCGCCUAAGAAUAUGGCCAUGCUUGAAGCUGUUCAGUCUCUAACACCAGGUCAAAGUAAGAGGUUUAAGGAAGUAUUUCAUACCCGUUGGCUCAGUUUUGAAGGAUCAGUGUCUGCCAUGGUCACCAACUUCUCUAAUUUGAUUUCUGUCUUUCUUGAGGAGAAUUCAGGAAAGGCACUGAGCCUACACAAGUCACUUACCUGCUUCAAGUUUUUGUAUGUCGUGCACUUUCUUUUUGAUGUGUUGAAACCCUUGGCAAUCCUGUCAAAGAUGUAUCAGAAGCAGGACCUUGAUUUCACAGAGGUUACUCCUUUGCUCAGGUCAACUAUUGAUUGUGUCAGUGACUUGCAGGUCAAGAAAAAUGGUCAAAAGCUCACAGAAUUUCUUGAUCAGGUCCCUUCUGAGCCCCAAGUUGAUGCUGAUGGUCUGGUCACUUUCCAGUUCCAAUGUCACACUAUUAGGGACAGUUCUAAGCAGAGAGAUGAGGCAGUCAAAGUUUGUGACCAGUUUGUAACUGGUCUGGUCAAAAGUUUAAAUGUCCGGUUUUCUGAUAAUGAGGAUGGUUCAGUUCUGACUGCUCUCAGUAAUUUCUUUAAUCCAUUAGUCAGUAAAACCUGCAAAGGUACUGACAUAGAUGUGGUCAACGAAUACCUUGCCACUGUUGGGGUGGAAGGUUGCAAGGAUGAACUUUCAUGCUUCCUCAAUUUUGCCCAUGCAAGCCAUGACAAUGGCAAUAAAUCAGUCAAAUCCACUAGGGACAUGGCAAAUCUUGCACUAAGAAAUAAAGAUGUGUACCCAGCUGCUUCUGAGGCAGCUGGGAGGUUACUCGUGGCCCCUGUUUCCACUGUUGAAUGUGAACGGGGGUUCAGCAAGCAAAACCUUAUCAAAACUUGCUUGAGAAACUCUCUAGCAAUGUCAGCUCUGAACAACCUGAUGAGGAUUUCAAUUGAUGGGCCAGGUUUAUCUGACUUUGACUUUGGAUGUGCUUUUAAGAAAUGGAAAACUCUGAAGACUAGGAGAAUCUUAAUGUAAUAUUCAUGUUCUGGGAAUGCAGCAUACAUGUAUAUAACAAUGUUGUGAGAUAAACUGAUUAACAGAUUUUUAUGGUAUUAAAUGUUGAUAAUUUAAGACAGUGUAAAUUAUACUCAUGAUAGUUUAAGUUAUCCUAGUGUAAUGUGUUCUUUGACAGCAGUCUAUAUAACAAAUGUUGUGUGAUAAAUUGAUGGACAGAUUUUUAUUGUGUUAAAUGUGAAUAAAAGACAAUAUAGAUUAUACUACAUGAUAGUUAAUAUUCAACAUUAUAUAAAAAAAAGAAAUGUUGAGUGCUAAAUUGGUUGACUGAUUUUUG